UGUCAGCUUGUGAUGUGUCUUCGAAGAAAUAAGAAUUUUGUUCAAUCGGAUGAAUCGAUUGCGGUGGCACGAAGGGGUAUGGGUAGUGAAUCAUUUGUUGAGGGAAGCCAUAAUUUGGAUGACAAGAGAAAUUUGGAAAUCCGUAGAAUUGAUUAUAAGAAUGCCCUAAUUGUGAUUCGAUUGGAGUGUUCAUUGGAAUGUAAUUUGCAUAGUGUUGAUGAUGGGAGAAAUAUUGAUUAGAAUUUUGGUCCGCUUCCAUUUUUU